AUGGAGCUGAAACUGGAGCCAGGUGGGAUGCAGAGAGCUGAGGAACUAGGAGGACAGAGGAGGCCCAGAUUCAACUCAGGGGCCCAGAUCAACUUCACCAAUUACGUCAGACCGAUCUGCCUGGCAAGUAACUCCAGCCUGUUCUACACCAACACCACGUGCUGGUCCACAGGAUGGGGCCAAAUCAGCAGCAGUGAGCCACUGCCAUCACCUUUUCCACUGCAGGAGGUUCAGGUUCCUGUGAUUGGAAAUAAUCAGUGCAACUGCAGCUUUCACCCCAUAAUACAUGUCAACCUCCCUGAAGACGUAAUAUGUGCAGGACAAACAGGGGGUGAAGGAGCAUGUUUCGGGGACUCAGGUGGCUCUCUGCAAUGUAAACAAGGCUCGGUGUGGAUCCAGGCAGGCAUCACCAGUUUUGUGGUACCUUGUGGUUUGGGUUUCCCUGAUGGCUAUGCCAGAAUAUCUCAAUUUCAGUCUUGGAUCACAGAUCAAAUCGGAGGAGCGAAUGUAACCUUCAAGACAUUCACUUCCAGUGGUACAGAUCCAGACAGCAGCUUUGUGUGUUCUACAGCAAGACCUGUAAUGACGGGAACCCCAACAACUGUGGGAACCACUACAUCAGCAGCCACAACAGCGCCUCCAAUAGGCCUGUUUGUAAUGAUCACAUCACUGAUGUUCCUGCCCUACAUUUACCAUUGUUGGAAAUAAUGUACGUCUAAUUUCCAACAUAAACAACUUGGUUCACAUUACUCCUCUGUCUAAUGUGCUGGGUUUUUUUUUUUUUCCAUUUUGCUUUGUUUUCUUUUGGUUUAUGAGUCAAAAUCUGUUUAGGAGAAGUCAAAUUCUGACAACUGACAACAACGUCUAUUGAAGCUCUGACUGCUCUGGUGCAGACUGCAGUGGGAGCUUUAAACGUCGCACUGCAGUCAGCUGACCACCAGUAAGAUUAAAAAAUAAUAAUUACAUAAUUAGCGCACUGUCAGAUCACAGUAAUAUUUAUGUUAAAGGUUUUUGUGUGUGUGUGACAGUUCAACAAUCAAAGGGUUAUGGAUGCACUGAAAUGAUUAUUCACAUCCAAAGUAUAGUGUGA